CUUACACAUAUAUUUUUUUUAUCCUUACUCAUAAACUUCUUUAUAAUCUCAAAUACUACAAUGUCUUCUGCUUUAAAAAACUACAUCAUCACCUUGAAGGACUCUGCCUCUGAUUCAGAUGUCACUGCUGUUAAGAACAAGGUUUCUGAAUUGGGCGGUAAUGUUACCAGUGAUUUCUCUUUGAUUAAGGGAUUUACUGCCAAGUUACCUUCUGUCCACUCUGCAUCUUUUGGCGCCCACGAACACGUUGCUUCAAUUGAAGAAGAUGGCGAAGUCAAGACACAAGCUUGAGUGCUGGUACCUCGAGACUUUGAUCCAACUGUCAAUUUUAAAAUUUGAGACUCUGAUUCUCAAAAAUUUAUAGAUACUGGAUUUUCGCAACUAAUUUAAUUAUACUUUAGAUAGUCUAUUAUUUCAUUUUAUAGUUCGACCAACAAUUACUAUUAUAUUAUUACGUUA